AUGAGCCGCAAGCGGCUGCAGCAGCUGACGGAGUCGCUGCUCCGCUCGGCGCGGCACUUUAACAGGAAGGAGGUGGAGCGCCUCAUCAAGCUCUUCAACACGCUCGCGGCCGAGUCCAGGGAGCGAUUUGCUGCUGCUGCUGGCUUGGAUCGCAACAUGUUCCGAAACAUCCUGCAUUGCACCUUUGGAAUGAUGGAUGACAUGAUUAUGGACAGAGUAUUCCGUGCCUUUGAUAAAGACAACGAUAGCUGCAUCAGCGUGGUGGAGUGGGUGGAAGGCUUGUCAGUAUUUCUCCGAGGGACCUUGGAAGAAAAGAUUAAAUACUGCUUUGAAGUUUAUGAUCUGAACGGUGAUGGAUACAUUUCACGAGACGAAAUGUUUCAUAUGCUGAAAAAUAGUCUGCUCAAACAGCCUUCAGAAGAAGAUCCUGAUGAGGGAAUUAAGGACUUAGUGGAAAUAACACUGAAGAAAAUGGACUAUGAUCAUGACGGCAAGCUUUCUUUUCUGGACUUYGAAAAAGCUGUAAGAGAGGAAAAUCUUCUCUUAGAAGCCUUUGGACCCUGUUUGCCAGACAUAAAGAGCAGUAUGGCAUUCGAAAAGAAAACUUUUCAGGAUACUCCUGACCUGUAGCUCCAACUGCUGGAAUACUCUUGUAAGAAUUCUUUUUCUUCAYGAUUCUUCCUGAUGCAACAAAAGCAGGAAUAACUCCAAACUUUCUGAACUUUAAUAUUCAUUUACUGUAAAAGCUUCUGAAUAAAUAGAGAUUGCUUGCACUAUAUACAGUUCUUUUGUGAUAAGCACAUAGGACAAGCUUGCUUCAGC